AACACUGCACAGUACUACUCCUACUAAUAUAUCUCAAUCUGGAGCAAUGGAGGCUUCUUCUAGGGUUUCCUGAGAGCCUGCGCCAAUCUUAUUGGGGUUUCAAUAUCUCAAUCUGGGGGAAAAAAAAAAAACCAAUUCAUAUCACUGAGAGACUAAUAUCGUUGUAAUUAGGUGGUAUUUGAAAUCUCUGAAUCGACCUUAAAUCGUGUUUCCCGAACAAACUGAAGCAGAAAAGUUAUACUCCUGUAUUAAUGUGUUUAAUCAAAGCAUGAAGCGAUUGAAGAACUCGAAAAGGGUUUCGUGGGCUUCGGGUGCUAAGCUCUGUCAGGUAAAGUUCUUUCUAUCCAAGGAUUGUCCUUCAAAGGUUAGUCUGCAAGCUCAAGAUUGUCUGCGAGCAAAGACAUGGGCAUCAUGUUUGAAAAAUGAUCACUCUGUCAACCAUCACUCCAGGUUUGAAGGGGGAUGUUCUACGGAUCCACCACAAGAAAAACCGUCUGACAUAGCUCAGAUUAAAUGGAAAUGCCCCCCUAAAUUGGGAUUGAGUUAUAAUUGGCAUGUGGUUGCUGGAGAAGAGAGCGAAGAGGCAGAAACUCAAAAGCAUAGGGAAAUGAGAGUGCUUGAAGCAGUUUAUCCUCGUAUGUCUGACAUUCCUCACAGUCCCUCCCUUCCGUUGGACUCGCAAGAAUACCAACUUGAUGAUAGCCGCAUCCCUAUCAUCUCGAUCACUCCCAUCGAAGAAGAAGAGGCAGUAGAUCUUCUGUCUGACAUGGCACCACUACAAAAUUCUUCCUUUGAAGCACAAUCACCAGCCCUUCCCCAAAGUUUGUUAUCCAUGAACCCUGAUGCACCACAAAGUGAUCCUCAACCCUAUGUAAAGUCAUCUGCCAAUGAAAAACCUGUACCUGAGGUGCUACCAGGUUUUCAAGCCGAUGUAGGUGUUGCUGUUGUAGCUGCAAUAACUGCAAUCCUGAAGAGCAAAGAACAGGGAAGCAUAAUUGACACUGACUUGCUCAUAAAAGUUCUCAGCGACCCAAAAAUGAUUGAGAUACUGGUUAGUGAGCAACCUGCUCCUGACAAUGCCAAAACUGAACCUGUCUAUGGGUCAAUACCAAGUCUAGUUGCUGAAAUGAUUAAUAAAGAUGGGAUACUUACAGAUACAGGAAGUACAUCCAUUUCUGGAUCAAAUGUUGUUACAUUCUCAGUUGCCGCAUCUUCCCUAAGGCAUGAUCCAGUAAUUAAAAAGUUGGAUAAUGAACUUGGAGCAGCUGCCAAUAUAGGAGCUCCAAAUCUGACACCAUCAGUGGCAGUACCCUGGCUAAAUCCUGAUCCAGUGAUUGAAAAACUGGUUCAGAAGUACGGAGCACCCAUUGACAACGGAAUUUCUGUACCUCUUUCUGGGUCAAAGCCAUCCAGUCCAAAACCUGAUCCAUUGAUGGAUAAAUUGAUUCAGGAACACAUAGCACCCGCCGUUACAGCAGUUGCGGCCUCUGUUUCGGGAUCAUACCCAAUGACAUCCAGGGUUGCUUUUCCCAGCCCAAAAUCUGUUCCAGUGGUUAAGAAAUUGAUUCACGAGCGGGGAGUGCCCAAUGAUGCAGGAAGUGCACCAUUUUAUUUGGGGAAGUUACAGACACCACCGCCUUUUUCUCUUCCCAACUUAACACAAGAGGAUGUAAAGAUCAAAAGGAUGAGCGAUGGAUAUGGAAUACUCGAUCGCAUAGGCAACGAACCCAUUUCUAGAUCAAUGCCAUUGUCGAACAUGGAUUUGAUGUCUAGCGCAAGUAAGAAUUUACGCCUGUUAUCGAAGACAGGGGACACUGGAUUACAGUUCAAGGGACUCUCACCAGAUCACGCAAGGCCAAACUUGAGUACAUUGCCAUGUGUGGCGCAAGCCAGUUCCCUGGCGAAGGCAUUCUCACUGGAUAGUGCUCCAGUAUCCGUAUUCUCAGCCAUUUCUGCUGCCCCUCCAGUAAAGGACAUCAAUUACAUGAAGAGCCUGAUCAGACUACAUGGAGAUAUUCAUGAAACUCAGGAUUUUUCUCUCUCACAAUCCGGAAAAUUUGAUGUUCACUUUCAUGACAUGAAACGGGCACCAAGUCUUAUACCUAUUGAACUGAAACCAAAGUCUCACGUUCUUCAGAAACCGUGCAUCUAUUUUAAUAGCCCAAAGGGAUGCCGAAAUGGCUCUAAUUGCCUUUACCGGCAUGAUAUGCCUAGAAAAUUGCAGCCUGGCAGUGGGUUGGAGAUCCCACAUGCGAAGAGGCUGAAACUCGGCGGGGAGAACAUUGGAAGGACACAAGGGGUUCUCCAAACAAGUAACUUUCACUGACAGAGAGCCUUCGACACAUCUCUUUCACCUUUGCCACAGUUUUGACACUACUUUUUUCACAUUUGCAAAGCAUGAAGAAAUUUUCACAGAUUUUAUGCUGUGCUACAUAGAUUUUACAGGGGGUUUUCACCUAUGUGCAGAGUUGUUUCCUGAUGCAUCAGAUUGGCCCUAGAAUUUUGCAAUUUUUGAAGAGAUCUGAGCAAUUCUUUUCUGCGCCUUCUAAAA